AUGGAGGCGGAGGGACCACCGGCCCUGACUCUGCAAGCAGGCGGGGACGUGCGGCCCCUGAUGGUCCCCGAGCAAACAGCUGGCCGCGUCACAGCGGGCCCAGCCUCCCUGUGCCUGGGGGCCGCACAGGCCUGCAGGAAGCUAGACGUAGAGAGCUGGCUCAGCCUGGUGCAGGCCACAGCCGGGAUGGACUGUCUCCGUGUCUGUCCCCUCCUCUGUGUGGGCCUGAGGACUGGGCUCCUCAGUGCCGAGUGGCUUCUCUUGGGGGUGCGGAGCUUACAGAGGGGCCUCCAGGCCCUGGCUGGAAAGGGCUAG